UCUGAACACACCACACUGUGAGGAAGGAAGAGCUGUGGCAAUUCUCUGUGCGCGGCGCGGGGUAAACCGGACUCUUCCGCCACCGCCGAUGGGGCCGCUGCCGCAGGGGCCGCCGCUUUCCCGCCGCUGCUCCGGCUCCUCACCCCCCCCGGGCGGCCAUCGCCGUUCCCGCGACGCUUCGCCCCGCCCCGCCGGCCCCCGCUGCCGCCAUUCCGGUUCCGGCCUGCGCGGGGAGGCGGCAGGCAGGGCGGUGCGCCGGGAUGAGCUGGGCGCUGAGCCGCUGGCGGGCGCGGCGCUCCCUGCGCCUGCCUGGGCCCCGGAGGUGGCUGGCGCGGCGGCGGGGCGCGGAGGGCGCGGAUGCGGAGGGCGGGGGGGCCAUCCCCUUCUCCGCCAGCAAGGCCAGUCCGCGGGCGUGGAGCGUCAGCCGGUCUAUGGGGAGCGACCACGAGAGGCCGUGGGUGAAGGUGCUGCCCCUCAGCCUGCUGUGCGCUGGGCUGUUGAUCUGGUGCGCGUUCAGGGAAAAAACGGAGAUCGAUGAGCGGCUGGAAGCGGUGUUCUCCGGGCAGAUCGCGGACUCCUUAGAUGUGGCCCAAAAAAGCAAUGCUCCCCUGCAGCCGCAGGAGGACAAGUGAGGACGGGAGUGCGGCCGCAGUGAAGGAGCCGCCAGAAGUUUUCCUGGCGUUCACCGGGUUAAAAGCUGUACUGACACUUUAACGGAAAACUUGUCUUUCCAGCCCAUCGGCAGCCUUUUCUUGCAAGCCUGAUUCCUUUACGUGCCGUGCUGCUUUCGGUGCUGGUCUCGGCUCGGUAAUUUACACUGGUAAAUGUGCACGGGGGAGUUUCCUCCCACAUUGCACAGUAGGGGUGAACGGGCUGUAUGGCAAAUCAACUUGCAUUUGAAGAUUCGUUUUACACAACCCAUCUCUUUUCCGUGGAUCAUUUUUCUUAGAUGCAUGGUGUAUUAAAAUAGGAAAGCUGUAAGUCUGUAAAAUUGCUGCUGAAGGUGACCUUCAUUUGACAUUUUGCUAGUCACAGAGUUUGUUCAACUUGAAGAUAACUGUAAGUGUAUGAUUCGUUAAUAUGUGAUUUUCUGUUCCGAUUAUUUUUUUGUAAUUCUACUAAAUAACCUAGAAAUCGCCUUCUUCAGCCCUUACUGCGGAGUCAGUGCUUACUUUCUGGACUAGAACUUUUUAGGCACACCUAAUUUAGGUGAUCAUUAUUGGUAGGAGAGGUUUUUGCAGUGAAUUGAAGUGAUUGGCUUGUAUUAUAUUGGGGAGGAAACCCCUAGUUUUGUUGAACAAUGUAGUAUCUAGUUUUUCCCACAGAUUUAUAGAUAUUCACACUUGUACACUGGAGACUUUUCUUGGGGAGGAUGAAUCUAAGGUACUAAUACAAUUUAGUCCCUUUCCAAAUAAGAGGCAUCUUUUUUUAAGGUUUGAAAUAUAAAAAUGCAAAGCUGGUUUUGUGCCAUUAAAAUUCCUAAUUAAAAAAACCAACACAAAACAAAACCCCCAAACAAAUCGCAUGUGGCAGCAACUAGUAAGACAGGCUGGAGAUAGAGAGAAAACUGAGUUAGUAUCAUGUUUGUCUAAUAGUGCACCACUGUGGUUUUUAAUUUUUCUGUAGAAUCCCCAUAGUUGAACCAGGUGAUGCCCAGUAAAUGAGUACGGUUGGUUUGGUGCUGUCACAAGAUUUAACUUCUCUUGGGGUUCAACUUUUACUACAGCAGAAUGUUGCAAGUGAGACACACGCAUGAGGGCAUCCUGGCAAAUAAAGGAGUUAUCCUGGACUUUACUGAUUUAAGGUGUAAUGCCUGCUUCUGCCUACCUUGCUUUCUCCCUCUUCUUUUAAAACACUGCACCCAGCAACGUACUGCCUGGGUAAUAAUAAAGAGCUGCCCCUUUGUGUGUGCCUUAUUUUUGGGUGCUGCGAUAGGCGUUUAAUAAAGAAUCAC